CCGUUUUACCGUAGGUGAAAUUCCACACCGGCCAAUCUCUCACCUCCACACGCGCCGAUCACCAUCCCUCUCUCUCUCUUCCCCUUUCUCUCUUCCAAUUAGGCUCGCGAUGUUUACUCACCACACCCAACCUGAGAUUAACCCUAAUCAAAUCGGUACCAGCUCCGCCACCGUUGGCGAAGACCACGUCUCUGCCUCCGCGGCCUCCGCUGGUCACAUUCCUUACGACGAUAUGGACGAUAUCCCUCACCCUGACUCUAUCUACGCCGCCUCCGAUUUGAUUCCAGAUGGCUCUCACUUGGUUCCUCACCGAUCCGAGGGAGCUGAAUUGAUGGGUUCUCGGCCGAUGGAGGGAGCUAAUCAGUUAACGAUCUCGUUCCGUGGUCAAGUUUAUGUUUUUGAUGCUGUUGGUCCUGAAAAGGUUGAUGCUGUGUUGUCGCUAUUGGGUGGUUCUACUGAGCUUUCUUCUGUGCCGCAGGGGAUGGAACUAGCUCCACAGAAUCAUUUGCCUGCUGUUGUAGAAUACCAGAACAGAUAUAGCCAUCCGCAACGGGCGCAGUCCUUGGAUAGGUUUCGGAAGAAGAGGAAUGCUAGAUGUUUCGAGAAGAAAGUACGAUAUGGUGUUCGACAGGAAGUUGCGUUAAGAAUGGCACGUAAUAAAGGUCAAUUCACCUCUGCCAAGAUGACCGAGGGAGCUUAUAACUCGGGCACAGAUCAAGAUUCUGCACAAGACGAUAACCGUCCAGAAAUACUGUGUACUCAUUGCGGCAUUAGUUCCAGUUGUACACCGAUGAUGCGACGUGGCCCUUCAGGCCCCAGAACUCUCUGCAAUGCCUGUGGACUCUUUUGGACUAACAGGGGUACAUUGAGAGAUCUCUCUAAGAAAACAGAAGAGAAUCAUAUGGCAAUAAUAAAACCUGUCGAAGGUGGAGGUGAUGCCGGUGCUAACAACACGAACUCUGAACCUGCAACUGUCGAAGGACAUGCUGCCUUGGUUUCUCUUGCUAAUGGUGAUCAAUCUAAUAUGUUAGGUAAUCACUAAAUUACUGUGAUAAGAAUCAGAAGAUAGACGAAAUCCUUGUAGAAUCAGUUGUUAUUCUCUAUGAUUUUAUCUUGUCACUAUCUCAUGUAUUAUAGAAACCAUAACCGAACACCAAAUCGAAUUUGCCAUAUCAGAUAUAAAUGGUUUUCGAAAGUUUGAUAUUUGGAAUGUGUUGCACUGUCCAUAUCAAACAUUUCGCAAAGUGAACAUCCUU